UGUUCCAUUCGCCCGGGUUUCACAUAUAAAAAAAAAUAUAUAUAUAUUGAAACCCAAUCAUUUCAAAUUAAAUAGAAAGGAUCCAUCAUUUUCUUUUUUCUCUUUUUUCUUUUGUUUACUCAUGUUUCGUAAAGCAAAAAGACUGUCCCAAAGACUCGGUUUAAACAAAGAAAGAUGUACAGGUAGAGACAAGAAGAAAGACGAAUUAAACGACAGCAAGUUGAAUGAAAAACAUUCGCGGCGUAUAUCCCCAUUUGUCAUGACAGCCAAUAAGGCUAGUGCUGUUAGUGAUAUCGAAGAUGAUGAUUCCUUAAGUACAAAAAGCACAGAAAGUGUAGAAUUAAAGCCGAUGUUAAACACGACAAGACCUUCUCUGCCAAAAUGUCAAACUGCACCUAUCUUCAACGCAUCUGAUGAUGCGAUACAGCGUCGAUUGAAUAUGAUGGACACAAACAACCUUGAACUACUUCUUUCAAUGGAAACUCAAGCGAGAAUGGAUGCGCAAGCAGAAAGAGAAGCAGAAAGACAACAACAACAACAACAACAGCAACAACAGCAACAAGAAAGCGUAUUGACACCGCGUCGUCCUACACGUAUCAAGUUUGAAUUGCCUGCUACACCCCCUCGUUCUAGAUCACCAGCUCGAUUAGCUUAUCCAAGAGCUAGACCUAUUCGUUCUUUGCCUGAAGAAAGCCUAACUGCUAAUGCUGCUAGACAUCCAAUCAACAAAACCAGAAGAGCAGGCUGGCGUAACUUAUUUAGUGAUCGAGAUGAAGAUGAAUCUAUACCUAUUCCUAUCACUAUUGGAACUAGAGUUAGAUUGCUGAAAAGACCUUUACCUACUUUUGGUUAUGUUCGAUUUAUUGGAGGUGUGCAUUUUGGUAAAGGAGAAUGGGUCGGUGUUGAACUAGAUCAUGGAGUGGGCAACUGUGAUGGAAGUAUUAAUGGCGAGAGCUAUUUUGAAACGGACCCUAAUCGUGGUACCUUUGUCAAACGUCAUGAUCUAGAAGCUGCAACAGACUAAUAAGAUAUUUAUGCGAAUGAUACCCUUGUCGCUCAUACGAUUACUUUUUUUUUUGUAUAUUAUUUCUAUUAACUACUUUAUACACUUUAAUAUAUCUUUAAUGCACAGUAGUACUUGUUUUUCUUUCUUUUUUUAUUUGCAGUAAUAAAAAAGGUACAUUUUACA